GUGUGAUAUACAGCACAACAACAAUUGAAGCAAACCAUAACCUCACUCAACGGUAGUACAUAAAUUUCAUUGAUUGUUGCUGUCAAUACACUGCUGUCAAGCGACAGGCACAUAACCUUAGUUUGUAAUUUGGAAAAAACAACUGCACUAUUCUAAAAUAUUACCAAAUACAACGUUGACUUUUCUUUUAUUCUUUCAUUAAAAGAAACGAAAAUGUAUCGAUCAAUUCUCGGACACGCACAAAAGUUGAUGGCAUUCGCAACAUCACAAAAUCAAUUAUUGCCGAAACGGAUGAUCCAUGUAUCGGCUGUAUGUAAUAAAACUCAAUCGGGAAAAUAUAAAAAAACACCAAAAUCUGAUCGACCAUUGACAUAUGAAAUGGCGAAUCCACCUUGGUUCAUUGCCACUCGAAAAUCUUGGAAUUCGUGGAAUUGUUCGAAUCUGGAGGACGGAUUACGGCCAAAACAAACAGCAGUCGAAGAUAUGUUUAUUCGAAAGUUUAUCGUCGGAACAUUUCCGACAUUGGUUUGCAGUGAAGUUAUCAUAAAGCGACAAUUCAAUCAUAUUCGUAUUUCAUUUCUUUUCCGUCGUGCUAUUACACCAUCUAAAUACUACUUUUUGAUCGGCUUUAGCGAAGAACUUUUAUCAUAUUGGUUGCAAUGUCCAGUCACACUCGAAAUUCAAUCAGUUGAACGGCAUCAAGAUAUUAUUUUCAAAUAUGUUUAAAUUUACACCAUGUUAUGUAGACAUACAAUAAAAAGUAGCAUUUUUUUCUAAAUAUCGAAA